AUGAUCACUCGUCGCUGUGGGUGCAUAUCUGUCAGAAAUGCGAGCAGGACGUUUCGUGGUGAACCUAACGGCUAUAGCAGGCGUUGUUUGGCACUGUUUUCAUGGAAAUGGUGGUGUUUUUCUUUCUCUCCAGGUGGAAAUUACGCUCCAGGACGUCAAUGACAACCCACCUGUUUUCCCGAACGAUCUUCUUGACGUGACCAUCGAAGAGAACAUCAGUGAUGGCUUCAAGAUAAUGCAGCUAACAGCCACAGACGCAGAUGAGGUAAAGUCUCCCAGGAUUGGCCUUUUCUAUAUUCUGUCUGUACGGAUGGCUAUUUGAAUGAAAUGCUGGCAGAUAACCCCCGUCCCCGUCCCCGUCCCCGUCCCCGUCCCCGUCCCCGUCCCCGUCCCCGUCCCCUAUGCCAGAGGGAAGGAUCAGCCAAAAGGCAGCCAUUACAAAAAGUAAAUGUAAAAGGCAUACCGUCGUUAUCUCUGUGUUACCAUCAAAAUUGAUGUUUUUUUAUGUACAUCUUGACUAGAUUUGGUGACGUACUUAAAUGUAAAGUGCUCAACCUCCUAAAUACAUUAUAUUGCUCUUAUCUGCAUAUAGGAACUCAGAAAUGAAAAUCUGGAAAUGAGCAGAUGUGACCCUCUGUUAGGGGAUUUCUUACAGAGAAAAAAGAAAGUGGCUGCAGGUAGAAACUUAGUUUCCAAUAUCCCCCCCAAAAAAGAAAUCUGUCCAAAUCAUGCGCUCUGCAAUUAUUUUACCAAGUAUCCGACCAUAGCCACUGGCGUAACGCAGUUUGAUCAGUCACAUUCCACACUUAGCUUCCUAGUACAAAUGGAAAUUUAAAAGGUUUAUUAAUGACUUUUUGGAGGGUUACUGUCAAAAUUAUUUAUUAAGUUUAAAAAAUAAACAAUCAAUGAAGGGCGCAUGGGCCUCCAGCGCUCGUGGGCCCCCACGCCUUGCGGAGGCUGCAGGGGUGUCUGGUACGCCAGUGACCACAACUUGAAGUUCACUUGGAGCAAUCGCAGCACUUUUGCUUUCUCACACACACACACACACACACGGUCCCCAGCGAUCACGUGUUUUGACGUUACCUGAGAUGGCUAGGGGCCAUGGGUGUCACCGAGCCCUGAGGAGAGCGGCUAACGAUUGGCUCCUCGCGCCGGCCAGAUUGUCCCUCUGCGGCCUCUGUAGUUUAUAUUACAUCACUGGCUUCGCCCUCGAUUAGAAAAAGGCUCCAUCUUUCGCAACCUAGGCAGGAUGUGGACAUAAAAUCCAGCACUGAGCGAAAAGCAGGUCCUCCCUGCAUCUCCAAGGCCUGCGGUUCCUUUCCAAUGAGACAGGGGAACUGGAUGGAAAUAACUGGGGCCAUUGUGAGGAGGGAUUAGUGUGUGAGAAAAUGUGGACUCAUACUUAACGUUAACUUCUGAGGCCACACGUUUUUAUUACACAGCUGUUACCUCACCAACCUUGCCAGUUAGAAUGUGAGAAAAAUCAUGCACAGUCCAUUUCUGGAAUGGUCAUUGUAUUCAGAAUAGAACAUUGACUGUAAAUCCUGGAGUCAGAUCAAUAUUUUGACUAAUAGGGCGUUUUAAGUUCGUUUGAGUAACUUCUCUUGGACUCAAGUGAACUUGAACUUGGAGCUCUGAUCUUGAAGGAUUUGAUAUAUGGUAUUGAAAUGGACUUGGACGGUUUCUGUUAGUUUCUUUAUCACUUUUUCCUCAUUGUCAAAAUCAAAGGGAAGAAACACUUGAGCUGUGUUCCAGUAGUAUUGAAUAGCUUCCUUCCUUUGCCUCCUCUCCAUGACCACUGAUCCAAAAGUACCUGAAAGGGAAAAGCAAUAUGAUGAAACCUAUCCAGUCAUUUUACCUAUUAUGGGUCAUGAAGGAAAUUAGAGUAGGAAAAGGCACUUGUUUAGAGUAUUGGGACACAGCCUCGGAUGUAGUUGCACUCAGAUAUGAUCAUUAAACUGAACUCCAGAUAAGGCCGGCCAAUUUCUGCCCACAUCCUAACGCAGGAAACGUAAGUUGCACUGACACUAAGCGUAUGGAACGCAUUCAGGCCCUGUUCAGAAAUCCACAAGUGAUCCACGGAGGCGUUGCCAAGUGUGGCAAGCUGUUGGCCAGCUGACUGGCUGAAUUCAGACAUCAUAAUGAUCCCAUCCAAUUUAACAGUGCUACAUGUGGGAUUCAUGUGUGAGCAUAUUAAAAUGCUGUUUCUAUGCAUCCGUUUUCCGCUACACCCGAAAUGAAGGGAACGGUUGCAUUCAGUUUGGAAAAGAAAAAUAAUAAAGCUUUGCUCUCUCCCGUAAUGAAGGCCUCUUUUGGAGAAAAUGGUUCUCACCUGAUUAUUUGAAAGAAUAUAAAAAAACGGCACUUUUUGGAGAGAACGUUCUAGUUUUAUUAGCAUUCUGACAUAGAGUGGAAAAUAUGCAGGUACCAAAAGUCUAACUAAGAAAAGUCUCUAGAACAAUGGGUGCUAAAGAAGCAAAACAACAACGUAACAGCCCAAAAUAGUUGCUACAAGACAGUUACUAUAGCCUUCUAUGAUGUACCCCAAAUGUAAAUACACAGUCAUUUACUAAAUCAACAGCCCUACGGGGGGGGAACAUAACUUUCAAAGUCCCUUCUUUUGGUGCUGUGCAUCACCUGAAAAUCUAGUUCUUAAAUGACUAUCAGUUUAGAUUGAUGCAUUGUAAAUAGAGGUAUGAUUAUAGCUUCUCAACACGUUGCUGUGAUUGGACUUUUAACACCUGUCUUGUGAUUGGCUCACAUGGCCUAGUCGUGUUUCAGGAAGCUCCGCUUCUCGACAGCUCUAGGAGUCUCUCUCUUCACCCCGAGCUGCUGCUGCUGCUGAAACUCAUCUGCUAAAUGAGUUUCCUUAUGCCCAAGUCUGGCCCGAAUCCUGCCCCCCCCCCCCCCCCCUUCUUCCCACUGUGCCUUGGGACGGCUGUAAACUAGUCAGUCUUUUUACUGAGGAAGGUCAGGGGGAGACGAUGGACCCCCUACUCCUCUCCUCCUCUCUCCAUUUGGUCCCCCUACUCCUCUCCUCCUCUCUCCUUUUGGUCCCCCUACUCCUCUCCCCUCUCAUCCCCCUCCUUUCCCCUCUCCUCCUCUCUCCUUUUGAACCAUAUCAGAUAAUUAAUUAGCAGACGAAGGGUGUCUAGUUCCGGUUUGCAGCCCAGGUGGCUGAUGGGAAUCCCAGAUCCAGCAUUCUGAUGAACACAGCCUCAAUCUGACCUCUCACUAAAAAUGAGAAUGGGCUCUCUGGAAUUGCAAUGAGGCUAACUCACAAGGAUGGGGUUUUUGUCCUUGGGAAACUAGUAAUAAACUAUUACUACUUACUAAAUGGGAGAUACAUCAACUUUAUUUUAUUGCAUCAACUCCAUUUUAUUGUAUAUUGGCAAGAUCAAAAGUACCCUUGAAAUCACCCUGAAAUGAAAGAUGCGUUUAGCUUUUGACCAGUCUGUUGAAAAGUAGUAGCUUUUGAAGUGGACUUUCUUCCUUCACUUAGCAUCAGACAUCAGGAGAGAGUCUUCUGCUCUGGUAUUGUCCUCAGCACAAACAUCAAUGUCAAGCUCUGUCGCCACUGUUAUUCAGUUGUCAAACCACACUCAGUCCUCUACUCCAAUUGCAAAGGACCACUAUGGCUUUCACAUGUGUACUGGGUUGUACUUGUCCAAGGUAUCAAGGGAUCUAUUAGUUGCGUUUAUAGAGGAACUCUAUAGCCCCAGAGUUCAAACACCAAGAGUACGGCCCAAGAGAAUAUUGCCAUUCAGCUCCUGUGAGUUUUUCUCUUAUUCUCCCGUAUGACCAUUCUAUUUUGAGGGGAGCUUGCUAAGUGAUGCGUUUGCAAUAUAUUUCACUCAUUGAGAUUUAUAAUAUAAUCAUGUCUAAUAUAUUAGCCCUAGAAUAAAGUAUUUGAUUAAAGUGUGAAAGCACGCAGUGGGUGGUUGUGAACAUUAAUUUCACUCUUACAAAGAAAGUAGUAUGACGUCCCUCUCUCUCCCUUCAGGACAUUGACUAACCAUAACCCUUAACCCUAUGUUAAUCAUCACAUUCUCAUGUUCAAGCAUCAUAAUAAAAAGUCUACACUGAAUCUUUCUGCCAUUAGAAAUAACCAAUUAUAACCGUUUGUAUUUCUUCAGGGUCCUAAUGCUCUGGUGACCUACACCAUUAUCAGCGGUGCCGAUGACAGUUUCCGGAUCGACCCGGAAUCGGGGGACCUGAUCGCCACCAAGAGACUAGACCGGGAACGUCGCUCCAAGUAUUCCCUGCUGGUUCGAGCCGACGAUGGAAAGCAAUCUUCAGAUAUGAGGCUGAACAUCACUGUCAGUGACGUCAACGAUCACACGCCGAAAUUCUCCCGUGGAACGUACUCCUUCGACAUUCCCGAGGAUAUGACACCAGGUAAAAGGCUUACUGUGACAUGGCGUUGCUUGUAACUGCUAGGUUCUUUCAUGCUUACUCAGUGUGACAGGUCCCAAAUUAAUUUCUGCUAAGUUUUAUGCCAUUCCACUUGAAUGUGGUCUAUCUGUAUUUAAAAUGCUUUUAAUGCAUGACCUUUCUCUAGUUAGCUAGGUCAACAGAGACUGUAUGUAUGUUAUUAUUCAUACCUGUAUAUUAAGUUAGUUAAACAUCCUGUGUUGUGUGCUUAUUCUAUUACCAGGUAAGAAAAUUACACUAGUCACUCAAAACAUUUAUAAAGUAUUUAUACAGUAUAAAUGGCAAUCACUUUAGAUUAGGGACUGCAAAAAUACUUUAAUUAUGAUUAGUAAAUGGUUUAUUAAUGUGGGAGUAAAUAUUAAUAAAUGGUGAACACACAAUUUAUAAAUUCCUUUUAAAUGGGUUUUUUCCGAACCAUUAAAAUAAAGUGUUACCGGGACAUUGAAUCUGCUCAUCAAACUGUGGCACUUGGAAAUAUGAAAUAUGUUAUUUUUGUUCAAUAUGGCAGUUGAAGGAGUUGGUAUGCAAACGUGAGGGAAUCCCAAUCCAAAAACCCUCUCAAAUCCUCACUGUCUGACUGUCUGCUUCUUGACUUGUCAGGCUCCAUCGUGGCGGCGAUCCUGGCAAGUGACUUAGACUCGGGGGUGAACGGCGAGAUCACGUACUCCCUGGAGGAGGAUGACGAGGACGAGACCUUCCUGCUCAACCCCGUCACGGGGGUCUUCAACGUCACGCGGCCCCUGGACUAUGAAUCCCAGCGGUACUACAUCCUGACCGGGAGGGCCCAGGACGGCGGUGGUCAGGCCAGUGCGGUCAGGGUCUACUUCAACGUCCUGGACGUCAAUGACAACCCGCCCGUCUUCAACGCCACCUCCUACAGCACUUCGGUCACCGAGAGCCUCCCCCCUGGCUCCAGUAUCAUCACCGUAGGGGCCAGUGAUGCAGAUGACGGUAUGUAUGUCCCUUCUGUCAGUUGCUGAUUUCCAUAAAAGGAUAAUCUGCCACAGCAAUGACGGAAAUGGAUGGUUUACGAAAAAUGCAGGUGAACAUGGUUAAUAUAGCAUGGCCCAUAACUAUUUUUCUAUGACACAACACCUGUAAUGAUCAUGCAGUGAAGGGAGUUAGCUAAACAUAAUAUUAAACCAUACAUUUAUUUUCAAUUUUUCAUUCCUGUCACAUUAGAAUCAUCUUGUGAAAUACGGUCCACUAAGCCUAUAAUCAAGUGGCUUGAGGUAUUCGUCCAUUUCAGGUGGUUACGGUUAGACUGUCUUCAUGCUAUUAUAACAGCCCUGCCGUCCCUCUGACUGCAAUUACCACUCCGACCAUACCAGGCCUGAUGCGGUUACUGUGACCCACAUUCCUGAGGCAGAAGCCUGUUUUGUGUCUCCCAACGGCAGGCUUCCUCUCCUCCACUGUCCACUUGCUCUCAUUGACCCUCGUUGUCGAUAGUCAGUCAGCGUUCUCUCAACGUUCUCUCUCUGUUAUCUCAACGUUCUCUCAGCAUUCUCUCUGUGUUACCUCAACAUUCUCUCAACGUUCUCUCUGAGUUAUCUCAACGUUCUCUCAGCGUUCUCUCUCUGUUAUCUCAGCGUUCUCUCAACGUUUUCUCUGUGUUAUCCCAAUGUUCUCUCAGCGUUCUCUCUGUGUUAUCGCCCCCCACUAAACAUAAUUGUUAGCACUUCCAGAAGUUCCUCAACCCUUGACCCCUGUAGACAUGGCUGUAAACUAGGGAUAGAAGUAGACUUGGCCUUUUGAUAAGGGAUUACCUGUGUUCAGUACACACGUCUGGAGUGUUGGAAGGUGCCGGGCCGCUUUCCACAUGAAUACCCCAAUGACUUCAAUUACAGACGCUCAAUUUAAGCUCGUUUUCCCCCGGCUCCAGGGCAGGAACGAGGGUUAAGCUGGAUUUCAAGGUCUAAUAGUUUUCAUUUGUGCGGUUUCUGUAGUUAGUUAUUUAAUUGAAAUGAAUGUUUCGAUUGUGAGGGAAAUUCCUAAAUUGUAGAACGUGGCCUAUCAGUAAAGGAGGUGAUUUUAAGUUGCUGUGCUGUUUCUCUUUUGAAAGGGAUAGAUUACACUGCAUAAAGGCAUCCUCCGUUUGGAGGAAGAAAUUGGAAGGCGGCUGAGACAGUAGUUAUUGUGAAGACAUUAAGACAAUAUGUGGAAAUGCAUGUUGAUAGCGAAUAUAACAUUCUAAUUCAGACAUGCAGAACAGUCAUAUCUAAACAACCUGGCAUGAACAGAUGUCAGUCCAAAUGAUCUACACUUUAUUUGUUUUAGGUACAGUGCAGUAUAUUACAUUACAUGUUCUCUGGGCUAUUUUAAGGUAAUCUAAUCCUACCCCUUCCAGAUGAAUACUUCUCGUCUUGAAACAGAAGGGUCCAUUACACUGUAACUACCCCCUACCAUAACAAACAGCUGAAGCAAGCACACAAAGCUUCUUCAGAACUUCAAAUUUUCUAGUACAAGUAACUAACACAAGGUAACCAACUCCAAAUCUAUUGCUAUGGCUUGUCUUCCAGGUCUGAAUGCCCAGCUACUCUACACCAUCAUAUCGGGAGAUCCUCAGAGCCAGUUUGACAUCACCAAAGCUGGGGUACUCCAGACCAGAAAGGCCUUGGAUCGGGAGGCCCAGUCCUUCUACAACCUGGUGGUCAUUGUCCACGACCUGGCCCUCGCCCCCAUGACCCGCUACACCAGCACGGCCCAGGUGUCCAUCAUCCUGCUGGACGUCAACGACUGCCCGCCAACCUUCACCUCCCAGAAGAGGACCUAUAUCCAGGAGAAUACUCCAGUGGACACGGUGGUCUUCACGGCCCAGGCCAUUGAUGCAGACAGCGGGACCCAACAGCUACGUGGAGUACUCCCUGAAAGGCCCCUUUGGGAACAAGUUCAGCAUAGGAACUAUCGAUGGAGACGUAAGGCUGGUGGGCGAACUGGACCGGGAGGAGAUGUCCAAUUAUACACUGACGGUGGUGGCCACGGAUAAGGGCGAGCCGCCGCUGUCUUCAGCCAUGGAUGUGACGAUGCUGGUGCUGGACGUCAACGAUAAUACGCCCAGUUUCUCGCAGAACAUCUACGACGUCGAGAUCGAGGAGGACACGCUGACGGGCACCGACGUUAUCCAGGUGUUUGCCAGCGACGCUGAUGAGGGAACCAAUGGGCAGAUCCGCUUCUCCAUCGCUGGGGGCAACAUCAACUCAGAUUUCAGGAUUGACUCGGUCACCGGAGUGAUCUCGGUGGCCAAGCAGCUGGACAGAGAGAUGCGGCCGUCUUAUUCGUUGUUGGUCCAGGCAGCCGACCGCGGAAGCAGUCCGAGGGUGGACCGCGCCAUGGUCAACAUCGUGCUGUUGGAUGUGAACGAUUGCCCGCCGGUGUUCGAGCUCUCUCCUUACUCUGUGAACGUUGAGGAGAACGUGGGGAGUCUCCCAAGGAACAUACUACAGGUCAGUGUGGUCUUUCACUUUGUCAAUCAUUCUAGACGAUCAUGGUCAAACAUUAUUUACAUUUCUGGACUGGGAUUUUAAGUCUCAUAAACAAAGCACUAAUUCAUAUGCCAGGCCUAAGACCUUCAACGAGCUAAUGGCUUAACUACAUUUGUAGGAAUAUUAACCCAAUAAGUAUGUAUGGUAUCAGUUUACAAAAACAUAAAGCAUGGUGGUCAUGUUUUUGUGAAUUGGCAUGGAAAAUAGGCGAUUAAAACAAUAAAGAAUGAUAGCAAUGGGUGCUGCUUGUUUCACUAUUUUUUUGAUUGCUUUAGAAAAUAUAAUUGGGUUAUUACAAUCCAAAGUACCAAAUUGAAGUAAAUGAGAAAGGACCUGUCUCCACUGCAGUGAGCAGAAACACAAAGGACCUGUCUCCACUGCAGUGAGAAGACACACAAAGGACCUGUCUCCACUGCAGUGAGCAUACACACAAAGGACCUGUCUCCACUGCAGAGCAUACACACAAAGGACCUGUCUCCACUGCAGUGAGCAGACACACAAAGGACCUGUCUCCACUGCAAUGAGCAGACACACAAAGGACCUGUCUCCACUGCAGUGAGCAGACACACAAAGGACCUGUCUCCACUGCAGAGCAUACACACAAAGGACAUGUCUCCACUGCAGUGAGCAGACACACAAAGGACCUGUCUCCACUGCAGAGCAUACACACAAAGGACCUGUCUCCACUGCAGUGAGCAGACACACAAAGGACCUGUCUCCACUGCUGAGAGCAGACACACAAAGACCUGUCUCCACUGCAGUGAGCAGACACACAAAGGACCUGUCUCCACUGCAGUGAGCAGACAUGCAAAGGACCUGUCUCCACUGCAGUGAGCAGACACACAAAGGACCUGUCUCCACUGCAGAGCAUACACACAAAGGACCUGUCUCCACUGCAGUGAGCAGACACACAAAGGACCUGUCUGCACUGCAGAGCAGACACACAAAGGACCUGUCUCCACUGCAGUGAGCAGACGCACAAAGGAACUGUCUCCACUGCAGUGAGCAGACACACAAAGGACCUGUCUCCACUGCAGUGAGCAGUCACACAAAGGACCGGUCUCCACUGCAGAGCAGACACACAAAGGACCUGUCUCCACUGCAGCUAGCAGACACACAAAGGACCUGUCUCCACUGCAGCGAGCAGACGCACAAAGGACCUGUCUCCACUGCAGUGAGCAGACGCACAAAGGACCUGUCUCCCCUGCAGCGAGCAGACACACAAAAUACCUGUCUCCACUGCAGAGCAUACACACAAAGGACCUGUCUCCACUGCAGCUAGCAGACACACAAAGGACCUGUCUCCACUGCAGCGAGCAGACGCACAAAGGACCUGUCUCCACUGCAGUGAGCAGACGCACAAAGGACCUGUCUCCCCUGCAGCGACUAGACACACAAAAGACAUGUCUCCACUGCAGCGAGCAGACACAAAGGGCCUGUCUCCACUGCAGUGAGCAGACACACACAGUGUCGUUUGUCUGUAUACUGUUCCUACAAGGAAAUUAUUCUGCAGCUGUGUGGAAACGGCUCAAGCAGCGGUGGGUUGCCACACAAUAAUAUGUCCCUGUGCCAACCUGACAGCACCCAUAAUGCACUGGCACUCACUAAUGAGUUAUUUUGGUCUCAAGAUUUAUGCCCAACCUUACAGCAUAAUGAGUGGGGGUUGGAAAAGACCAAUAUCAGAUCUGACAUUUUUUUUGCACAUUUUCGGUAAUGACUGUCCUCCCAGACAGAUGUUACAGUCUUAUAUUUUUCUGAUCUCUGAGAAAAUCUAUUUUUACGGUGUCCGUAUUAGGAUAGCCUCAGAGUCAUAAGGAGUGUGUCACUGACUCAUCCGUCUCAUCUUUGCUCUUUAGGUUAUGGCCAGGGAUGAUGACCUGGGUUCCAAUGGCCAGCUGUGUUACAUGCUGAGCGGUGGGAACGAGGAAGGAGCCUUCAGUCUGUCAUCCAAUGGUCAGCUGAUCCUCACCCAGACCAUGGACCGCGAGGCUAAGGGGAACUACACCCUCGUCAUCACGGCAACCGACUCCGGUAAGAACAGCUGAGUGGGCGGUCAACAUAUCAUCUUGAAAUGUUUCUAGCAUUUCAACACAACAGCAUGAAGAUGGAUAGCGACUGUUUUAUUAAGUCUCUUCAUCCAUUGGUGUUCGAAGUGGCGCUCCUGUGCAAAAUGUAUACCAUAUUCAACAAGUUCGACUAAGUGUCAAUCAUCUCCUUGAAAAGAAAAGAGAGCCUAUAUCUGGCGAAGGAAGAGCGAUGCUCCAUAAGAUGCAUCUGUGUUGCAUCACAUGGACAUAGACCGAAGUAUCUUGACAUAAAGCAAAUAUCUCAACAGAUCAUGGAGUUCAUUCACUGUAAGCUACACAUUGUUUUGUCAUGCAAAUGUAUAUAUAGGGAUAUUAUGUUUGACGAUAUAUAUCGUAUCGUUUUGACAACAAUUGCAAUAUUACUUUUGCUCUAGUUGGCUGUACCAGCACAAAAACUCCAGUAUUUUUAUUUCAUAGCUUGUUCUCCAUCUUCUUUUUAAAUAGUGAGCCAAUUUGUUUUCAGCACUUUUAUUUCCAUGACUGAACAAAACUAGUUUUCUCAUGGCUCUCUCUUGUCCCUCAGCAGCAGACAUAUGGUGAGAAAUACAUCGAUUCGCAAUAAAUUGGAACAUCGAAUCGCAAUAAAAUGACAGUAUCGAAUCGCAAUACAUAUAGAAUCGCCAGAAUGACAAAACAUAUCGUACCGUGAUAAUAUCAUAUUGUGAGGUCCCGGGUAAUUCCCAGCCCUAAUUAUUUCCACACAAGGCUUUUUAAGAAUAUCCCAGAAACCUUGUUGCAGCAUUUGAUAGAAUAGGGCCCUUCUCUGUUUGUUUGGAGACUGUGGUGGAGCUUGUUUUAUCCAGAUAAAAGGUUAGGUUGUUAUUCCAUAGAGGUCAGUAAAUGUGCAGUUAAGCGAGUACAUGCAUAUCCUCGUCCGAGCCAAAUCACAUGGUAUGUAAGUUAAGUAUAUGUUUCUUUGGGCUACUCUGGCAUGGCCGUCAUGGUCAAAGGGUGGUUCUGUUUAAUUCCUGGACUGACCAUGUGACCAGCAGUAAUGAUGGGUAUUUUUGACUUGGUAUUGACUUUGGUGAGAAAUGUUACAGUAAAGAGAUCCACUCUUUAUAGUGUGCGAUAAUGUUGGCUAGUGUGCAUUAGGAUAUUGGAUUAUAAUACGCGCUUACCUCUUUGCAAGGUCUCAAUGGUGUAUUGUGUCAGACCCUGGGUGGCAUCUUGCCCCAGUGGUUGUUUUGGACAAGUGCAAAGGGCUUAAAGGCACAAUCUGUAACGUUAAUAUCCAGUCAAAAGUACUGCCUUUGCACUUGUCUUUUAAAACUGUGGCAGUGACAAAGCCAUGAAGUGUGACAUACAGUCAGGGAAAAAAGUAUUUGAUCCCCUGCUGAUUUUGUACGUUUGCCCACUGACAAAGACAUGAUCAGUCUAUCAUUUUAAUGGUAGGUUUAUUUGAACAGUGAGAGACAGAAUAACAACAAAAACAUCCAGAAAAACGCAUGUCAAAAAUGUUAUGAAUUGAUUUGCAUUUUAAUGAGGGAAAUAAGUAUUUGACCCCUCUGCAAAACAUGACUUAAUUCUUGGUGGCAAAACCCUUGUUGGCAAUCACAGAGGUCAGACGUUUCUUGUAGUUGGCCACCAGGUUUGCACACAUCUCAGGAGGGAUUUUGUCCCACUCCUCUUUGCAGAUCUUCUCCAAGUCAUUAAGGUUUUGAGGCUGACGUUUGGCAACUCGAACCUUCAGCUCCCUCCACAGAUAUUCUAUGGGAUUAAGGUCUGGAGACUGGCUAGGCCACUCCAGGACCUUAAUGUGCUUCUUCUUGAGCCACUCCUUUGUUGCCUUGGCCGUGUGUUUUGUGUCAUUGUCAUGCUGGAAUACCCAUCCACAACCAAUUUUCAAUGCCCUGGCUGAGGGAAGGAGGUUCUCACCCAAGAUUUGACGGUACAUGGCCCCGUCCAUCGUCCCUUUGAUGCGGUGAAGUUGUCCUGUCCCCUUAGCAGAAAAACACCCCCAAAGCAUAAUGUUUACACCUCCAUGUUUGACGGUGGGGAUGGUGUUUUUGGGGUCAAAGGCAGCAUUCCUCCUCCUCCAAACACGGCGAGUUGAGUUGAUGCCAAAGAGCUCGAUUUUGGUCUCAUCUGACCACAACACUUUCACCCAGUUCUCCUCUGAAUCAUUCAGAUGUUCAUUGGCAAACUUCAGACGGGCCUGUAUAUGUGCUUUCUUGAGCAGGGGGACCUUGCGGGCGCUGCAGGAUUUCAGUCCUUCACGGCGUAGUGUGUUACCAAUUGUUUUCUUGGUGACUAUGGUCCCAGCUGCCUUGAGAUCAUUGACAAGAUCCUCCCGUGUAGUUCUGGGCUGAUUCCUCACCGUUCUCAUGAUCAUUGCAACUCCACGAGAUGAGAUCUUGCAUGGAGCCCCAGGCCGAGGGAGAUUGACAGUUAUUUUCUGUUUCUUUCAUUUGCGAAUAAUCGCACCAACUGUUGUCACCUUCUCACCAAGCUGCUUGGCGAUGGUCUUGUAGCCCAUUCCAGCCUUGUGUAGGUCUACAAUCUUGUCCCUGACAUACUUGGAGAGCUCUUUGGUCUUGGCCAUGGUGGAGAGUUUGGAAUCUGAUUGAUUGAUUGCUUCUGUGGACAGGUGUCUUUUAUACAGGUAACAAGCUGAGAUUAUGAGCACUCCCUUUAAGAGUGUGCUCCUAAUCUCAGCUCGUUACCUGUAUAAAAGACACCUGGGAGCCAGAAAUCUUUCUGAUUGAGAGGGAGUCAAAUACUUAUUGCCCUCAUUCAAAUGCAAAUCAAUUUAUAACAUUUUUGACACACGUUUUUCUGGAUUUUUUUGUUGUUAUUCUGUCUCUCACUGUUCAAAUAAACCUACCAUUAAAAUUAUAGACUGAUCAUUUAUUUGUCAGUGGGAAAAGGUACAAAAUCAGCAGGGGAACAAAUACUUUUUUCCCUCACUGUAACUAUACUGAUUUUGUUUGAUUUGUUACUUACAAUAGCCUCAAAUUCAGAGAUUUUGAUUAUAAUGCUUAACUAGACAAUUCUAAACCAAUUAUGACAAUUAUUGUGUUCCUUUUUAUAACUUCUCCACAAGUAUGCCAUUAAUUAAAGCCCUGUCAACAAAUCCAAAAUAUUUUGAUAGAACAUUUUGGAAGUUUUACCAAUGAAAGUGCAGAAAGAGGGAUUUGAGUAGAAUAUAAAAAAAACAGAAUCAUAGUACAGUUGAAAUUACCCUCCAGCGUUAUCUAAAAAUGUUUAGGCUGAGUGUCACGAUCGUCUGACGAAUGAGUAGACCAAAGCGCAGCGCGUUGAGCGAACAUGACUUUAUUUAAUUAAAGCCUAACACGAAAACAACAAAACAAAUGACGAUACGUGAAGUCCACAGUGACAAUGACUGUACAGGAACAAAAACCCACAAACACAAGGUGAAAACACACAGUUUAAAUAUGGCAUGGCUCCCAAUCAGAGAUAACGAGCCGACAGCUGACACUCGUUACCUCCGAUUGGGAGUCAUUUGACCAAACAAGGAAACACAACCAAAUAGACAACCCAACCAAACAGAACACAACGAAACGAACACACCCUGGCUCAACAUAAAAAGUCCCGGAGCCAGAGCGUGACAGUACCCCCCCCUAAAGGCGCGGACUGCGACCGCGCCUCAAAAACCCCAAACAGGGGAGGGCUGGGUGGGCAUUACUCCUCGGAGGCGGCUCCGGCUCCGGGCUUGACCACCACCCUUCUUCAAUCCCCCCGUAGCGCCCCCGGUCCGAUCUGACCCAGCUGGUAGGAUCUGGACUGACGACGCGCACCCCUGGCUUGGCGCGUGAGGCAGGAACGGACCGGACCUGGCUGACGAUACGUACCCUAGGCUUGAUGCGUGGAGCCGGAACGGGCCUCACCAGGCUGACGACUCGCAUCCCUGGCUUGGUGCGAGUAGCAGGAGUGGGCUGGAUCAGGCUGACGGCUCGCACCCUUGGCUUGGUGCGAGUAGCAGGGAUGAGCUGAACCAGACUGACGACUCGCACCCUUGGCUUGGUGCGAGUAGCAGGAACGGGCUGGACCAGGCCGACGACUCGUACCCCUGGCUUGGUGCGAGUAGCAGGAACGGGCUGGACCAGGCUGACGACUCGCACCCUUGGCUUGGUGCGAGUAGCAGGAACGGGCUGGACCAGGCUGACGACUCGCACCCUUGGCUUGGUGCGAGUAGCAGGAACGGGCUGGACCAGGCCGACGACUCGUACCCCUGGCUUGGUGCGAGUAGCAGGAACGGGCUGAACCAGGCUGACGACUCGCACCCUUGGCUUGGUGCGAGUAGCAGGAACGGGCUGGACCAGGCUGACGACUCGCACCCUUGGCUUGGUGCGAGUAGCAGGAACAGGCCGGGCUGGGCUGGCGACGCACACCGUAGGCUCUGUGCGUGGAGCAGGAACAGGCCGGGCUGGGCUGGCGACGCCCACCGUAGGCUCUGUGCGUGGAGCAGGGACAGGCCGGGCUGGGCUGGCGACGCACACCGUAGGCUUUAUGCGUGGAGCAGGAACAGGCCGGGCUGACGACGCACACCGUAGGCUCUGUGCGUGGAGCAGGAACAGGCCGGGCUGGGCUGGCGACGCACACCGUAGGCUUUGUGCGUAGAGCAGGGACAGGCCGGACUGGGCUGGCAACGCACCCCGUAGGCUUGGUGCGUGGAGCAGGGAUAGGCCGAGCUGGGCUGGCGACACACACCGUAGGCUUUGUGCGAGAGGCAGGAACAGGCCGGACCGGGCUGGAGACGCGCACCGUCCAUUUGGUGCGAGGGGCCGUAACAGGCCGGACCGUACUGGGGACACACACCACUGGCUCUACUCCGGGAACUGGAACGGGCCGGACCGGACUGGUAACACACCCCAGUACCUCUCGCCGUGCCUCUAAACCUCCUUUCCCUACUUUGACCAGUGGCCCCCGUAACCUGGUGGCCUUUUGAAUUCGCCCCUUCUCUGCCUCCGUCAGCCCCGUCGUCCAUGCCCUGUGCCCCCCCCUAAAAAAUUAUUGGGGGUGCCUCUCGUCCCUCCGACGCUGCUCCCACAUCCAGGCUGCCGAUUCCUGGACACGCUGCUUGGUCCUUUGAUGGUGGGUUUUUCUGUCACGAUCGUCUGACGAAUGAGUAGACCAAAGCGCAGCGCGUUGAGCGAACAUGACUUUAUUUAAUUAAAGCCUAACACGAAAACAACAAAACAAAUGACGAUACGUGAAGUCCACAGUGACAAUGACUGUACAGGAACAAAAACCCACAAACACAAGGUGAAAACACACAGUUUAAAUAUGGCAUGGCUCCCAAUCAGAGAUAACGAGCCGACAGCUGACACUCGUUACCUCCGAUUGGGAGUCAUUUGACCAAACAAGGAAACACAACCAAAUAGACAACCCAACCAAACAGAACACAACGAAACGAACACACCCUGGCUCAACAUAAAAAGUCCCGGAGCCAGAGCGUGACACUGAGGCUAAGACAGGGAAGGAAAUCGUUAUCCCAUUUACUAUCUGGCAGGACGUCUUUAAGGUAGAUGUUGAAGACUGGAUCCCACUUUACCACUGUCAAGUACAAAUCAUUUGAACAUUUUAAUUUAACUCUUUGUUUAAUGCAAGACCACUUCUUAAGAAGUAAGUUACAAUAGUUUUGGAAAGUGUUUUAAUUUCACAAUUCAGAACUAGCUGUCUUGCCAAAUUGAUGAUGCCUUUGGGUGACAUAAAGUAGGCCUAUGAUUAGUUAUGCUUAGUUAAAAUAUAGUCGAUGUGUGGAUCAUGGAAUGAAUUCCACUUAAGGGCUUGAUUUGCUCCUCUGUCUUGUGACUGCCACUCUUUCAGGGCCUGUCUGAUGGUUUCAACGAAGGUAAACUCAUUAACCGGAGGCUGAGUGGAAUUUUAAGGCCAACUCUGUUGAGUGAAAUCUGUCAUGAAUUGUAUGGAAACAAAAGAGCUCUCUGGUCCUGAUUCUCAUAAUGCUUCCUGGCUGGGGAGCAGGGAGUUUGGCACGCUCCUGUCAAUGUUUGGAAAUCUGGACUCCGGCCUGAAAUGUGGCACAAAUACAAGCUGCAUAAAGGUGUUUUACAAGGAGGCUUGUUGAAGGGAAACUAGAAGAUCAGAUCCGCUUGCAGUGGAAAGUUGUUGGCAUAAUUUCUGAGGGAAAAGUGUGACCAAAAGAGAAAGAUAACGGGACUGUGGAGUCCCAGGCAACUGUAAUAGCUAUAUGGGUUCAACAUCAAACAUCUGGGAUCAACUGAAGGUAAAUCAGAUUUGUAACCCACUGCCACAUAGCCACAUACCAGCACAAGUUAUCCCCCCCAUAGAAAAAUGUAGGACAUAAAAAAAUCUGAACACACACACACACACACACACACACAUAGACAUUGGACACUGACACACGUUACAAUAUGUUGGCAAUGAGUGAUACUGGAACUGUUUUACUCGGCCACCACAGUUUCAAAAAACACAUUUUCUGUAUGAUAUGUUGGUAAGUUAUAGUAGCAGCAAGCCUUGAGUAUGCAUCAUUAACUUUCAUAGUGUUGCUUCUCACAAAACAGGGAUUUUAGAAGGCCAUAUGUUUACAGUGCAGUUCAUGUAUUAACUCAGCAGUUUCUAACCAUUGAUGCAACCUGAAUGCAUUAUACAUGCAUUCAUUUAGGCUGUCUAGGGAGCCAUGCUCUGUUGUGAAUGCUUAUAGCACAAUUAUAAUGCACGAUAGACUACUGCCUUUGUGUAAUGCUAGAUGACACUGAAAGUUAACAAGUUGUGCUCACCCUCAUACUGUAGAAUUUCUCCAUUGUCUAGUGCACGUGCAUGUGGUGAGAACGUCCCCAGAGGAACAUUGACAUGCACCACGUUUGGUCCCAUUUAUUAAAGAGGAGGGCACAGUAAAUCCCCCGGCCCAUGCCUAUGGCGGUGGUUACCGUCGCAUAGAAAUCCUCUCUUUCACAUCUCACCAUAAGGCCAAAGUGUGUGUACUUUCUCCUUUUCAGGCCUAAAUGACCGCUUAGCAGAUAAAGGAUUGUAAUGAACGUCCCAUUUGAAGGCAGGAUCUUUUAUGUUGUUCAAUGGCUUCUCGUGAAUCUGGUCUGUAAACCUCCUAGGUUUCUUAAGUAUUUACAGCAUAGGAUUCAUCCCUGUUAGCAACAAAUUUGUCUUGGAUUCUAAAUAUUGCUUUUUAAAGAGGUUUUGGAGAGAUGUCUCAUCAUGCCCCUUCUGUGCUUGACCACAUUACUUCCGUGCUUGACCACAUUAGGACUUAGCUCAGUAGAAGGAUUUCAAUGGAAAGUGAAGCUAACAAAGUUUGGAGAAUUACUGAUAUGUGUUGUAAAAGCAUAGCAGGGACCUUGCCAAAUCAUUGUCCAAAGCUGGCCACAAUAAAUAUUUAAUGGGGUCCAUUUCUGAAGUCCUCUCCAAGGCAGACUAGUGGCAACACAAGACGAGGCCAAAUAAAAUAUAAGGUUCCUCAAAUGAACUUUAACAGACCUGUAACAUUCUAGAUCAACUCUUAAAAACCGUCUCAGUAACAAUGUGGUCUUGCAGGAGCUUUUUUUCCUAUGACUCUUUUUCCACUCCUGGUUUCUAGUCUGCUUAACAAUUGCGGGAACUUAAUGUUUGUGUAAAUAGCUUUAGUGUCUAAUAAGAAGAGGUGGUGUGGGUUGAAUUAUUAGUGCUUUGCGGCAGCCAGGAGAUCCACGUUUUAAAAACCGUGGCUCUCUGUGACCCUGAUCCGGUCUUCUCAACCAUGAUCACAUCACUAACACACAACACAGUUAAUAUCAAAUUAGCGAUUUGCUGCCACAAUAAUGCCAAUAAUGUCUUCUAAGCUGUACGCCAUAGGCAUUGAAAACUAGUUGCAUAGAUGGCUCUUCAGUUGUUGUUACUCUUUUUCACUUUUGGAAACAGCAGUCAUAUUGUCGUUUGCACUUAGAUCUGUUCAUAUGGCUAUGUGACGAUACAAUGAAAAAACAUGUAAUUUAAAAGACCUGUGGGCCUACUGGUUGACAACAAUGUCAAAACCAUUGAACAGUUCAGCAAAUAAAAAGCGCCAUGGUAAUAAAAGCACAAAAGGCAAAUCACUUCAUAAACUCCCAGUACAUGCCCUGCAGUAGGAGAAAAUGGCAGUUUGUCUAUGAAUGGACUUUUCCUGUCUGUCUGCAAACCGCCAACCCCUAUUCAUAACAUAAUGGGGGAAAAAUAUGUCUAACCAUUCAGACAUGGCACUCCAUAAAUAACUGAAAGCUCUAUAACAUUUUAGGUAUAAUUUGAUGAAUACUUCUGAGAUUGCUGUAUUAUUAGAAAUAUGUUUUUUAAACGGGGAGUGGUCUGUUGUGUAUAGCUGGGAAUAUCCUCUUAUAUUCUCUCACUCAUUAACUGUGAGAAAAAGCCCUGUUUACUUUGUUACGUUUGGCAAACGCAGCAGUGGGAUAGCUCGCACCCUACACACAGCUUCACCAUCCGCAUUCAGGCGUGUUGGAGUGGGCGCAUUAAAAUGAGCUUUGGUCGCAAAGCAACAGGUUCUCAGGAGGAGAAAAAUGUCAAUGUCUGGCGAGAUGGUGGCCAAUUCACUGUGAGUAAUGAUGUGUUUUAUUUACGCUGUCCCAAAAGAACACAAUCUAGCCGCUGUCCAUAAAGCGUAAUUAACCGUUUAGCCUUAAACUCUCAGCCACAGAUGACUGUCAGAUAAAUGUACACAUUCAUCCAUCUUCCUAAGUCAACCUGUCCGGAGCUUCCAACUUUAAUGAACCCCAGAGUUUGGACAACGAUGCUAUUGUUCUGAUGAACCAGGGUGUUCAACAAGAGAUCACUCAAUGAUUUUGAAGGCAGAGAUUAUCCCCAGUGUCAGUAAAACACCCAAACCUAGCUCUUACCACGGCUCAGAUUGGCCAAUCCCUGGAGGACACAACAACCUUUCUCAGGGGGAUGCAGCCAUUUCCUCCAAAUCAACCCCCUGCACAGAUCUCCAUGUGUGGCAUAUGCUCACCAACCAGCUUCAGAUAGUUUAAUUGUAAUUAUAUGUCUUUUGUACCCCCUCCAGCUCUGAAAGUAUGGCCCAUGCCACCUUUUCCAGGGCUAAUGUGAUUUGUCCUCUGGUAAUGUACACUAAUAAGGUUCUUAGACUCGGCCAUAUGUUUAUGCUAGACAAUGCUUACUGGGGAGGGCUUAUGGCCGGCUUACAGGGAAAGCUGUCAGUGUGUGUUUAAGACCGAACAGGCUGAGCAGAUGGAACACAGCACUCCCAGUGAGUCUUCGGGGCUUGUUAUUUUGGACACUUAAGGGUUAUUUAGGGUUCUCUCAUUCACUCAUUUGAUCCCACCAAUAACAAACCUUUUAGGCGCACAGGCUUAAAUGCAAUAAUUGCAUAUUAGGGAGGAACUGAACAUUGUUCUUCUCACGACCACUCCAGUCUCUUAGGUAUAAUUUAGAAAUAUCAAAUAGACAGUUAUGUUUUGGUCUCAGAUGGCCAAAUUGUCAUGGAGCGAGCCUAGGGGGAAUGCAUUACACAUAAAAUGGUAUUGCUUUUGUGAUUGAAUUAAAGUGGUGAGGAAUCCUCAUACUGCAUUAGUGCUUAAAGUAUUUAUCUGAGGUGUUGUGUUUCUGCGUGUGAAAUGGGCUAUGAUGACUCAAUGUCUCUAUCAUUGACUUAUUUAUCCCGUACUGUAAUGCCUGCCGAUGGAAUCUACACGGUUAUCUGAAGACCAUCAGCCAGUAGUCUUGGAAAAUAAAAGUUAACUGUGGAGACAGGCCUCUGGUCAGGACUUAGCUUGGGCUUAGCAUGUAUCAACACUAUUGCAGAGCUUGCUGACUCCACUAUGAGUCUCGGGGCAAUCCUUGUCUUGGAAACAAAGUACCAUGAGGUAAAAUAUUUGCUGAUUGAAAGAGCACAUUUCUUGUGCCCAAACCCCAUUUCUUCAUGUUGUAAUCUCCAAGACAUAUUUUGAUUAAAUAUAUACACUUUGAGCCAGUCGCCAAACAAUGAGUGGCGUUUGCUGGCAAAACAUUUUAGAAUCACAUCAAAGUCCCCCAAGUAAUAUAUACAAUUUAUCUCCUAAAGAUGUGAGCGGUGUUGUUGAUAUGUGGUGUGAGGUAAACUGAUGUAUAAAAGUGUAAUCAUCAGGACAGGAAUGUCAGGUCAGAGCAGAUUGUUUUCCUACACUCUUAGAAAAAAGGGUUCCAAAAGGGUUCUUCGGCUGUCCCCAUAGGAGAACCCUUUUUGGUUCCAGGUACAACCCUUUUUGGUUCAAUUUAGAACCCUUUUUGGUUCCAUGUAGAACCCUCUGUAGAAAGGAUUCUGCAUGGAACCCAAAAGGGUUCUACCUGGAACCAAAAAGGUUCAACCUGGAACCAAAAAGGGUUCUUCAAAGGGUUAUCCUAUGAGGAAAGCCGAAGAACCCUUUAAGAUUCUAGAUAGCACCUUUUUUUCUAAGAUUAACCCCGGUGUAAGAUUAUGCUAAUGAGCCUAACUCAAUUCCAAUAGAGCAGAAGUGAUAUCUGACCUUUCCAGCUGCUCAAGUGUAGUAAACAAGGUUCAGCAGGUCGAUUUCACCCUAGUCUUUUUAGUUGAAUCUUAAGUUAAGACAUUUUUUGAAUCAUGUAACUGUGCCUCAUGUGAUGGAUAGUCAAGCCUUUUUCCAGUGGAUGUAAUGAAGUUAGGCCCUACCCUGGAGUAUCACCGGAGAUGGCACGAAAAAACAUGGUGCGGUGUCAUACUAGCUCGUAAAUGGUGUCAAAUACACAGAACUGCUGGUGCAGCAGGAAGAAAGAGCUCUCUGGGAACACGUUUUGCCUAUGGAAACAAUACUUUUUAACCACAAUGAAUGGCACCACCACCAGUGCUGCAGACAUCACCAGCUCUCUUUCCAUGGCACAAUUAUGUAAUUUGUCAUAUAUCGGCAGGCCAGACAAUUGUUGCUUGCAGCCAAACCUACUGUAUGCCUAGUUCUGCCAUAUCUCCCCCGGCUCAAGCCAUUGGUCACAAGUGGUGGCAACGUUCACCAUUCAAGUCAGCUUAAUCAUUGACCUUGAUACUCUGGUUGCCAGAUUCAAGUGCAGACUGUUUGGUUGAGAUGCUGGCAUUUUCAACAGCCAUUUUUCUGGAGAGAGCAUCCUAUUGAAAUGGCGUCACCUUCUCACUUUUUUAUUCCAAUCACAGUCACAAUUAUUGUCUUGUUAUCAAUAUGGGUGGGAUCUUAGCAUUAGAUUGGUGUGGGUGGUAGCCCUGUUCUCUUCCUCCCUUACUCAAUGUCACAGAAGCAGUGAUGGAAUCUUUUCUCCUAACCAAAACUAUGCAUCAUCACCAUACUUUGCAUACUUGUAUUUGCACACAGUAUUUUAUUCCAUGAUGACUGAAUCUGUGAGCCCACAGAAUGUAACAAGAGAUCUUCUGAACCAUGUACACAUUAUGUACACACAGCAGGUCAACAUGAAGAAACUUGUUAUGUGAUAGCAGUGAUCCCCGGGAGGUUAAAGAGGUGGACAGUGGAGAGAGCAGGAUGAUGUGAGACUGAUCCACACAGAAAGAUGUGGAAAAUACCUUGUUUGAACCUUGGCUGUCAACAAGGGUGAGUUCAGUGCAGGUUCAGGGUGAGAGAGGAGUGUUUAGUGGGGUUUAAGGCCGGGGGGGUGGGCUUUCUUCAGGCUUACCCAUGGAUUAGCUAGGGUAACAGAGUCCGUCCCUAUCACCCAGCCCCUGAUGCGCUGGUGGUGGGGUGCUUGGCACAGGGUCAGGAGUCAGACAAGUGCAACGACUGCUUCGGUUCUCCAGUGGCGGGGUGGCAGGCAGUCGUGCUGAUGCCGUCUCCUCUCCUGAGUGGGUAAACAGGUUGUGACUUCACAUCCUCCUGAAAAGGGAAACGUCUGGACGGAGGCCAAAAGUAUCCCACCUAAAAAAAAAAAAAACACUGCUCCAAGACCAUUGGCUUCCGUUUUUCAAAAGGGAACAAUGCUCUGACUAGCAGGAGCCAAUUCUAUGUGCUGAAAAACAUGAACACACCUUGGCUUUGGAGAACAUUCUGUAUUUUAACUAAACAUGUUUUUCAUUGAAUUACUUUUCGAUAAGUUAAACAGAUAUCCACGCUCCACUGAGUUAAUGACUGUCGCAGACAAAGCCAAUUGGUUUUAAAAGCCGCUAAUCGGUCAAGGAGUUGCAGACCAGAACAUCCUUAGCCGGCAACAUUGCAGGGCUCUUACGAGUUGUUGUCUGUCAAACAGAGCUUGCCUGGAAACAGUAGCUCAGCAUUCGCUACCUUAAACUGAUGCAGACACCUCCUGACAUGGAUUAAGAGGAUCAGUUGUAGAGUGGCAGCCAUUUCAUCUGCUUCCAUAACAACCUGUGAAACAAUGACUCAAUCUGGUCAAUCCUGUCACGUUGCACCCUUGUAUGGGUGAUGACACUAGGCAUAGAGACCGACAUGUAAAUCACAUCGGACCACUAUUAAGCAGUUUGCUGACUCAUAUGUUUUGAUACUGGUGCCACUGGUUAUGUAAUUUAAUGAUGACAAUCCAAUUUAAUGCUAUUUAGGUUAUUCAGUGUUCCAUGCAUUUCAUUUGGGGGGGGGGGGGGGGUCUUAAAAAUUUUUAUUGCCUUUGAAUGAGCAAAUACGUGAGUAAAGGCUGUCCAAUUUUCUACUUUGAAACACCUUGCUUGAAAUGAUGUACUGCAUGAUUGUAAAUGACCUUGUCAUAUGCUCUUUUCAAAGUCUAACAAGGCCUAUAUUAGCUAAUAAACAUACAAUUGUGAAAAUUAGCAACUUUUCUGAAGGGAAAGCAAUGAAUGACUCAUCCUUGUAAUGACUCACCAGUAUAAAGAUUAUAGUUUGCGGUUUCUGCGCCUGGUAUUUUGGGAUAAAACUGUUGACUUUUUCCCUGUGUAUGUUAUCAUUUAUUUUGUGCUGGAAUGCAUUUUUUGUUUGGGCUGUUUGUAACAAUUUGAAGUGUGUUUGUGCUAACAACUGCUGUGCUGAUCAUAGCGGCUGGAUGCAUGAAGGAUUUAUUUAAACCUGCAGGUAUUAGAUUAAAGUUAUUUCAUUUAACAUAAGUAUUUGGGAAGGAUUUAUUUCUUGCCCUGUUCUCUUCUGAAUCUGGUUCUAUGACAGCAGACAUCACCCCACCGCUCAUUAAAUAAAAAUAAGGCUCAUCACCGUACCAUAAUCCCUUUGUCAUCCAAAUGAGCAGAUAAGCGUUAGUUAUGCAGCAAAGAGUUUAUGAGCACGUGUUAUUAAUUAACAUGAUCUUUACAUAUCAAGAGAGCCCUCCUGGCUCUAAGGGAUAGGCUCCAUCUUGUCCCUCUGCAUUACAUUCUGGAGUUUCUUUAUGUUUUGGUUAUGCACAGGCUCCAGAUCAAGAGAGAUUAUUCAUGGUCUCUUUCCAAACGUUUAUUUGUUAUUGUAUUAUUAAUCUGUACCUCUGCACAAGGUUAAAUUAUUUGAUGUUAACAGCUGAAUAUACAGCUGCGUAUUAGCCACAAGUUCAUUGGUAACACAUUACAUUAACAGGCCAUCUAAAGAGAAGUUGAAGGGGCAACUCAAGCCAGCAGAUGUUUGAAUUUCUCAGUAUUUCUGCAUUGCAGUUGGUUUUCAUCUGCUAUUGAUUUCAAUCCAUCCCUCAGGGCCCAGAGAGCCUUAUUUCGUCACUCGCUUGGCGAAAGAACGGUUAGAUUUUUGCUGAAAAUAGACAUUUUCUGUUCUCUCGAUUUCCACAAAGUAACUCACUGAGUGCUGCUUGCCUCAAAAUAGAUACCAGUACCUCAGCAACCAGAUUAAAUCUAUGAUAUCCAAGACCCAGGGAAGGACACGUUCGAAAGAUUCUGUUUCAGAGUUAUUUAACUCUUUUGACGUGUUGUGUGUUGAUGUGGCAGCAUGGCUCAGAAAGCAGGACUGGUGGUGGCCGAAGACGUUUGCUGGAUUAAAUGCAGGGAUCUUGUGGUACAGUUCCUGCAAGGAUAUAAAUUGCUUCAGCAUGUAAACGAUAAACCCGCAUAAUAAGUCAUCUUUCAUACAAAAUGAUAUUCUAACUGCGUUCAUAUGGAACUGCCUUAGGUAUUUCAAAUAAAGAGUUUGCUCUUGGUCCUUUGAUAUCCUCUCAUUCCCUUUAUUUGUUCUUCCCCUUUUAUGACCAGGCUCUCCUCCCCUGAGUGGAACGGGUACAGUCACCGUCUUGGUAGAUGACGUCAACGACAACGUCCCUGUGUUCACCUCAUCCACCUUCCACACCACCAUCCCAGAGGACGCCCCCACCGGCACCGACGUGCUCCUGGUCAACAGUUCCGACGCAGACGUGGGCCUCAACGGUAUCAUAAGGUACAUUCCAGAGCCAGACGCCCACCCCACUCCAUCCCUAAGGUCAUAGGCGGGCUCCUGUACCCCAAGCCGGACAUUUUACUCAGAUCCGACCCCCGCCUGUUCACCCUCCCCUCGCCCCGGUACCCCCAUUGGGGAGGCGCAGGGGGUACGGCAACUCGCCCCACUUUCCCAAAACAUCGUAAUGAGGAUAUUAAUUGGCUAUGACAGAAGUAGUAUCAGAGGUUCCACGGGUUCUAGGACUUACUGGAAAUCAGAACCAGUUGCCAUCAGUUAUUAGUUUCCAUGCUCACAGUCCAUUAACUUGGGCUUUUUUUUACUUCUGCUUCUGGACUGUUUGAACCACUUCUGGUUGUGAACAGUUUGGUUGUUUGCUGUCCCAAUAAGUCUGUGUUCCAUCUGUGUUCACACUUUAUUCCAUCAUUUGUCACCAGUUUCAGGGGAAAUGCUUUUCUAGGAAGCCUUUUCAAAAUAUGUGCUCUUGUGUACAUGUAUAUGUCAGUAUACGUUUGUGUCUGCGACUUACUGGAAACUUCUGAAAAGUUAAGUGAAACACUAUCCUCUUUGGGAAACCAAAAAAGUAUGGCUCUUUGGUCAUAAAUAAUUCUGGGGUGUCUCCAACCCUGAACUUCAGCACAGAGAAGCUUGAAUUAGAAGCCUCUGUGAGAAUGAAAAAAUACAGGAGAAAAUAGAUUGAGUAACUUGGAUAGAAUAUUAAGAUGGAUACCUUAAGAAUUGGGUAAUGCUUUGCGCGAUAGAUGGUGCUUUCUUCAAACCACAGAAACAGUAAGGAAGUUAUAUUACGUCUGUGUUUUUCUAUUAAAUGUACUCUCUGCCUCUUUAAAGCUUGAAACAGUGCCCUCCAUAUGAUUAUUAUGGCAAUGCUGAUCAAGAGCUUUAAUCCAGGCAUUUGCAGUACCACAGUAUGUGCAGCAUAUUAAUGUCUGUAUAAUGUGUACGAAACUACUCCUUCCAGUAACAGUAUUCAAAUAUGAUAUUCUGGACAUGUAAUAUACCGCUGUAAAUGUUACAUAAAUAAAUCAAACUCAAAUGCACAAUGAAAUGCAUUUAAUCUGAAACGGUAUAAAUCUUGCCCUAAAACAUGUCCUCUUCUGUGUGUCCCUACAGUUACAGCUUGACUGGAGGCAACGGUCAGUUUUCCAUUAACCCAGCUACAGGCCAGAUCAUCACCAGCUCCCUACUGGACCGGGAGGCCAGGGCCAACUACCAGCUCCUAGUUGUGGCCACAGACGGAGGGCAGACCCUGGGCAUGUCCAGUUCCGCCACUGUGUCGGUGGUGGUGGCUGACAUCAACGACAACCCUCCCCGCUUCCACCACCACCCCUACGUCACACACAUCCCCGCCUUCACCUCAGCAGGUGGGUUCAGAUUUGAUACAUUCAUCUUAAUUUCAAAUAUGAAUGUUCUUCUAUAUCGAAUUAUAUCAUGCUUAUACAGUAUAAUAUAUGAUUAUAAAAUUAAAGUGUACAGUAUAUGAACUCCUAUGAAAAUAUUACUUUUGUGAAAAAUAUUGAUGAUGAAGUGAAUAUCAGUUAUACUUAUAGUAGUUAUUCUGAAGUAUUUUGUCUCAUUUUGUAUUUUUCAGGCAACUUGGUAUUCGCUGUGACGGUGACAGAUGACGACGCUGGACUCAAUGCUCAGCUCCACUACUCUCUAACUGGCCGCAACUCUGACAAGUUCAAGAUUGACCCCAUAAGAGGAGCCAUUACAGCCAAUGAGAGGUUGACAGGCAGCUCGGAGGUUACCCUCACUGUCCGAGUGAAAGAUGGCGGAAGCAAUCCCAAAACAGACUCAACCACUGUGACUGUCCGGUUUGUGACUGGGGGAGACUUCCCUGUCAUCAAGUUGAAGGAUACUACUUUCACAUUUCCAGAGAGCCAACCCACAAACACGAUUGUUACCACAGUGACCGGGUCCUCGACACGGGGCGGGGCCCUAUCAUACUACAUCGCCAGUGGAAACCUGGAUAAUGCCUUUCACAUCGACCAGUUGACAGGAGAGCUGUCAAUCAAACAUUCACUGGACUUUGAACACAUUCAGAAAUAUGUGCUCUGGAUUGAGGCCAGGGACCAAGGAUUCCCCCCCUAUUCCUCCUAUGAGAAAGUGGAGAUCACAGUGCUGGAUGUAAACGACAACCACCCUGUAUUUGACAGGGAACCAUUCCAUGCAGAGAUACUAGAGAACCUGUCCCCUCAACGGGUGCUCAUGUUGUCUGCCAUGGAUCAGGACAGCGGCCCUAACGGCCAGCUGGAAUAUGCCAUUAUCGACGGCAACAAGGAGAACAGCUUCAGCGUCAAUCGGGCCACUGGUGAAAUCCGAACGACCAGGCCUCUUGACAGGGAAAAACUAUCUCAAUAUGCCCUGAAAGUGAAGGCCACAGACCGUGGCAAUCCUCCCAAAAGCACAGCUGUGAAAGUCCUGAUCAACGUAUUAGAUGUGAAUGAUAACGCUCCCAGGUUCUCUAAGAUCUUUAGCGCCACAGUGCCCGAAAACGCCCCAGUGGGGUACACUGUCACCAGGGUUACAACCACAGACGAGGACGCAGGUGCUAAUGCCAUAAGCAAGCAUUCAAUCACAGACACAAGUCUACCGUUUACUAUCAAUCCAAGUACUGGAGACAUAACUAUCAGUAGACCUCUCAAUAGGGAAGACACUGAUCAUUACAUUGCCAAAGUCUCUGCCCAUGAUUCUGGCUGGACAGUUAGCACGGAUGUCACAAUAUUUGUAACGGAUGUAAAUGAUAAUGCCCCCCGAUUCAGUCGGCCAUCUUACUACCUGGACUACCCUGAGCUUACAGAGGUGGGGUCACUCGUUACUCAGGUGUCUGCAACUGACCCCGACGAGGGUGUCAAUGGCAAAAUAUUCUAUUUCAUCAGGUCCCAGUCUGAAUAUUUCAGGAUCAAUUCAAGCUCUGGAGAAAUCUUUAUCAAGCAGCAUUUAAAAUAUCAAAACUCAACUGGCAGCAACAUAAACAUAAAUCGGCACAGUUUCAUCAUUACUGCUUCAGACCGUGCGACCAAGCCAUUGAUGAGUGAAACUACAGUCAUUGUAAACAUACUAGAUAGUAAUGACAAUCCACCCAAGUUCGAAUCCUCUAGCUACUUUACCCCUGUCACUAAAAGCGUCAAAGUUGGCACCAAACUUAUCAGGGUCAUAGCUCUUGACAAGAAAGAUUUUGGCCUCAACUCUGAGGUGGAUUACAUAAUAUCAGGAGGGAACAGCACUAGCAAGUUCAAGCUGGAUAUACAGAGUGGAUGGGUCGCUGUCGCCUCCUCACUCACCUCAGAUAUGAACAAGGUGUUCCUCAUGGAUGUUACUGCCAGAGACAAAGGGAACCCCCCUCUGAGUGCUAGAACCACUGUAAAAGUGGCAGUCACUGAGGAGAACCACCACACACCGGAGUUCUCCCAAAGCCAAGUCACAGCUACCAUACCUGAGAGCCUUGCCGUGGGGACAGCCAUCAGGACGCUCUCUGCCAGGGACAAGGACAAAGAGAUGAACGGGCAUAUCACAUACAACAUCACUUCAGGCAACGACAAGGGCCAGUUUGCCAUGAACAGUAAAACAGGAGUCCUAUCUCUGGCCAAUCAUCUGGACUUUGAGGAAAAGCAAAAGCAUGAGCUCAGAGUGACAGCCACCGACGGGGGAUGGAUCGCAAAGACCAGCUACGUCAUGGUCACAAUCCAUGUGACCGAUGUGAACGAUAACCCACCUAUAUUUGAUCCUGAUGAGUAUUUCCCUGUGGUACAGGAGAACGUUCCCAGUGGCACCACAGUGGUGAAAAUGAAUGCCACAGACAGAGAUUCUGGGCCGAAUGCCGUCAUGGCUUACGUGAUCCAGUCCUCAGACAGUGACCUCUUUGUAAUUGAUCCAAACACAGGCAUAAUCACCACCCAGGGUUUCCUGGAUUACGAGGCCAAGCAGGUCUACCACUUAACAGUGAAAGCCUUCAAUGUCCCAGACGAGGAGCGCUGCAGCUUCGCCAAUGUCAACAUUCAGCUCAAGGGAGCCAAUGAAUACGUUCCCCGCUUUGUCUCCAAGCAGUAUUACUUUGAAGUCUCUGAAGCAGCUCCAAGAGGCACAGUGGUGGGAGAGGUGUUCGCCAGUGACCGCGACCAAGGACAAGACGGAGUGGUUUACUACCUAAUUUUUGGGAAGAGCAGAAGAAAGGGCUUCAGCAUCAACAGAAAAACUGGCCAGAUCUAUGUCACAGGUCCCCUUGAUCGUGAGAAAGAGGAGAAGAUCUCCCUCAAAGUCCUGGCGAAGAAUGCGGGAAGCAUCCAUGGGGCAGAUAUCGACGAGGUCUUUGUGAACAUCACGAUCCUGGAUGCCAAUGAUCCUCCUGUUUUCAGCCAGGAACUCUAUGAUGUUCAGAUCAGUGAGGGUCUUUCCCCUGGCGGUCUGGUCACCUUCGUUAGUGCACAGGACUCUGACUCUGUCCCAAGCUGGAGCAGAUUCUCGUACUCCAUAGCCUCAGAUUUAGAGAAAAACGUCUUCACCAUCAACCCCCAGACUGGCCAAGUAUCUGUAGCAGCUGAGCUGGACAGGGAAACCACUCCUGUGUUCAGCCUGACUCUGCUAGCUGUGGACUCUGGCUCACCCUCCGCAACUGGAAGUGCCACCCUGGUUGUGAAUCUGGAGGACAUUAAUGAUAACGGUCCUACUCUGAAGACGGUGAGGGCAGAAGUCAUGGAGAACCAGCGAGCUGGGACAGAUGUCGCAACUCUUACUUCAACUGACCCAGACCUGUCACCCAAUCAAGGUCCAUUCUCAUAUAGUCUGCUCAGCGCCGGCUCGGCCAGUAACUACUUCAGCCUCAGCCCCGCUGGAGUGCUGACCACCAGUCGAGAGAUCGACAGGGAACAGAUCAGCGACUUUUACCUGUCUGUGGUUAUCAAGGACUCCGGUGUCCCUCAGAUGUCCUCCACUGGAACGGUCCACGUAAAAGUAAAUGAUCAGAAUGAUAACCCGUCAGAGCCGCGCUCCGUGGAGAUCUUCAUCCACUAUUUCGGAAACAUGUUCCCCGGAGGAUCCCUCGGGGUUGUGAAGCCCCAAGACCCAGACAUACAGGACAGCUUCCACUGCUCCUUGACUCCUCCUUCAUCCAGUCUGUUCACCAUCCCAACGGGCACCUGUGACCUCAACUCAAAGGCCCGCUCAACAGACGGAACAUUUGAAUUAGCUGUCCGAAGUAGUGAUGGUGUCCACGGCUCUGUCAGCAGUAACGUCCGGGUCUUCUUCAUGGGGUUCACCAAUGCCACUGUGGACAACAGUAUCCUGAUUCGCCUCCGUACCCAGGGGGUCACCACCUUCCUCACCAAUCACUACCUCAGCUUUGUGCGCAUCGCAAACUCACAGCUGGCGGGGCUAGGCACUGGAGUACAGCUGUAUGGCGCCUUUGAACUCAACAACCAAACUUUCCUGAUGGCUGCCAUAAAGCGCAGCCACGGACAGUAUGUCAACCCCAGUGGAGUGGCCACCUUCUUUCAGAGCAUCAAAGAUGUUCUGCACAGGCAGAGCGGGGUGCAGAUAGACUCAGUGGAUCACGACCCCUGCACACGUAACCCAUGCCAGAAUGGGGGCAGCUGCAAGAGGCGCCUUAGUGUGGGGCCAGAUAUGAAGACAGCGGAGAGUGUCCCGGUGAUCCUCGUCUCAAACCACCCCCUUCAGCCCUACGCCUGCAGUUGCAGACCAGGGUACGCAGGGGCGCUGUGUGAGACGGAUAUAGACGAGUGCCUGCCGUCUCCGUGCCACAAUGGCGGGACCUGCCACAACCUGGUGGGGGGAUUCUCCUGCACCUGCCCAGAGGGAUUCACGGGCAUGGCCUGCGAGAGGGACAUCAACGAAUGCCUCUCCAACCCCUGCAAGAACGGGGCACUCUGUCAGAAUUACCCUGGUGGAUUCAACUGCCUCUGCAAAUCCGGCUUUGCAGGUACCGUACACCACCUUAGGAGCCAUUUAGAUUUUAUGAGCAACACAACCACAGAUGUUCAGCUAGGCUCAAGUAUACACACACUGCACAUGACUCACGUUUUUUUGUCCAAGUACAAUAUUUGCCUCCAAACUAAUGCAAGAGGUGUUGUAACCCUAGCAUACAGGCCUGACUGCCAAAACCCAAAAACAUUUUGGUUUUAUGAUUACAAGUUGGGGGGUAUCAGCUUUGAUGCAUAUCAGCUUGUCAUGUUUACUUUAAUAAAAAGGAUGAUGCGAAAUUGACCCCAGUAAGGGCCUUACUGUGGACUGCACAGAGUUCAGUAGUCUCAUAUAGUCUCAUAUUCCUCUGCAUGCCUUUCUUUCUACAGUACUUAAGCAUAUUUUUGAUAUUUAGGGCUCUGCUCAUCUUUCAUUUGGUCAAACAUUGAGAGGUUUAGUAUGUAUUAAAGAUUGCUCCUUCUAGAUCCUUAAAGAUACAAAUAUUUUUGAAAAGUGAACUAAAGAGAACUAGCUACUCUCUUUUUGUGUAAAUCACUCCCUCCCUGCUUGAAUGUUGAUGGUGUGAUAAAUACAAUAAUAUUAAUCUUAAUGAAGGGAGUGCACAUGGAUAACCAUAAAUGAGAACAGUAGUUUGAAUCAUGUCUGUUUGGCCAGCUGCUGGCUGUAGUGGCUGAUAGAUACUUCCACUGAUCAACAGCAGACAUUUUGCCUAAGCAUCAGUCUUUUUUUAUUAUGACCAUAACAAAUUACCACAAACCUUGUCGUUUCAUCAAGAUGAAUGGCCCUCUUGAAGAAUUGCACCUUUUGACUUACAGAAGUUUGCAUGCCCUCACGUUGAACUCCACACUUCCUGUUUUCCCUGCCUGGUUGUGGUGAAAGAAUGUAUCUCCUUUAAGCUAUUUGUCUCAUGGUGCAGGAGUCAGUGCCUAAAAAUACAUAAAGCUGCAGGUCAUUGUCAGUGUUGCCCCUUGCAUACCUUGUUCUGUCUGUUAUUGUACUGUCUUAUAUUAGUGAUCAUAUUUUCAUCAUGCUUUAGUUCAUUGGCCUCAGAGAUCCAUUGAAGAGUCUACCGUUCUAAAAUCUCUCUCUAUAUAUUUAAACCCUGUCGUAGACCCCCUGUGAUUUUCAACUUCAAUGACAGGGUGUCAUAGGAAGAAAAAAAACAUGAACUGUGUUUGCCCCCACAUCUUCCUGUCAACCCCACCUCGUUCAUUUUAAUUUGUGUUGUUUUGUGAACCCAGGCAAAACGUGUGAUUCCAUCAUCAAUCACUGUGAGUGUAACCCAUGUUUUAAUGGCGGCUCCUGCCAGAACAGAGUGGAUGGCUAUAACUGUCAUUGUCCAUUUGGUAAGUAUUGACUUAGAGGAAACCGCUACGUGAUUGAAAACUAUCUGGAUUGGCAAAAUGACUGUUGCUAUCCCCAGUGUAAUGAAUUGUAUGUAUCCAUGUCACAUUUAUUCACAUACUGUAUGUUGUGUAACUGUUUCUCUAUUCUAAGCAUGAUACCCUUAUUGUUAGCCUAUGAUAGCGGAUGGUUCCCAGAUAUGUGCUGCUUUUAUAGAUGCUGUAUGGUGAAUUAUUCAUGACAUCCCUGUUUCAUUUAUUCAUUCCUUUCCUCCUCAGGGGUCUUUGGAAAACACUGUGAACUCAACAGCUACGGCUUUGAGGAGCUGUCCUACAUGGAGUUUCCGAGCCUGGAUCCCAACAACAACUACAUCUACAUCAAGUUUGCCACACUAAAGAGCAACGCUCUCCUCAUGUACAACCAUGACAACCAGACCGGAGACAAGGCGGAAUUCCUGGCUCUGGAGAUCUUUGAGGGACGGAUGCGCUUCUCGUUUAACUUGGGAAGCGGGACCUAUAAACUAAUCACCAUGAUAAAAGUUUCAGAUGGACAGUUCCACACUGUCAUCGCAAGGAGAGCUGGAAUGGUGAGAGGCAUUUUUGUUAUAUAUGGCUUUAUUACCAAGCUGUUUUUAUUUGUUUUGCACCCUAAACAGUUGGAAAAUAUAUUGUAUUUGAAGUCUUAAUGGUUUUAUGGGCCUAUAAUGGCAAAGAUGUAGAGUAAAAUCCUAAAGCCCCCACAUGUAGGCCUAUAUAGAAGUCUAGCUUAUGUUUCAACAGCAGUUAUGACCUCCUGGGUUUUUAUAGCUGAGAGCAGCAUCCAAAUUUGGCAUCAUAUUCUUUUUUUGCACCGUGAGAUGAUAAUUAAACUACCCACACACUGGUAGUUCUGCAUAUAGCUUUCAUAGUUGUAAUUAUAUUUGAUUGCUUGUUGUGAUUUACAAUAUGGCCUCCAAAAUAGCCUCAGACUCUGAAAUUCCUUGUAUUUCCUCCGAAUGUAGUUGUUUCUCUGCCAGUUGUUCAAUGGUAUGGAGAAAAAAAUCACCAGCCUGUCCACAGAGUUGUAUAAGUCUCCUGCUGGACUUCAGAUUUGUCAUUGCACUGGGAUUUCAUAGGAAAUUGGUAAAAUCAUUAAACUGUCAGCUUGGAGAGAGUGACAGGAUAGACAGGUACACAACAUGCAGUUAGAAAUACGAUGCACUACAAAUAUUAUGAGUAGGUUGAGGAACUACCAUGUUGAGGCUCUUAACCGAGCUAGAAGAACGAAAGCAGAGCGUGCAUCUGCCCGCAUUUCAGGCACGGGGGGGGGGAGUAUUUUUCUCCGCUCUGCUGCCAAGUUUUUUUUCUUCCGAUUUAUCAGGGGGUGCUGUGCAGCAUCCUCAGCACCCCUACUUCCCGCGGCUGUGCCUGUGAAGGCCAUUUUUCAGUUCCUCCACUUUUGGAUUCUGAGCAGAUGUGAUAACCAGACCUAGUAAUGUAGGACACACCGGGAGAGUCAAGGACACUGUUGUAUAUAUGAAAUAUUUCUAGUACCAAAGCUGCACCCGCAAGCAUAAUUAUUGCCUACUCUGUUAUUACUUCUCCUUCUCCUCCUCGCAGGAUCCUGGACGUUGGGCCAACCGGCUCUCGGUGGAGGCGUCAGGUCAAUAGAGCCCGUCCUUCAUCGCCGUGGCCAGGUCGCCACCCACGACUUUGUGGGCUGCAUCAUGGAGUUCGCCGUCAACGGCCGCCCACUGGAGCCCAGUCAGGCCCUGGCGUCCCAUGGCAUCCUUGACAGGUCUAGCGCCCUCCCUACCUCUUUCUUUCCUCCAUCCUUCCAUCCUACUCAACCCCCUAACUCCCAAACUCUCCCAGCAGGAUAUCUGGUCAUUCACUGUAGCGCUCAACCCUCAAGAACCUCUGAAGAGCCAUCUUUGAUAUAAAUAGCAGACGUACAGUUUUUUGGAAUAGUACUCGUAGAAUUGUAGAAUGGAGAUUCUUUCUUUUAGUUUGUUGUGAAUAGUGGUGAAGACAGAUCUUUUAAUAUGCUAAUUCCCUAGGUUUUUUAUGUUUUUUGUAUUGGGGGAGUUGCAUCUUCCAGAUCCUAUAGAGGGCCCGCUGUCCACCAUGGUGGCUGACUUGUCUGUCUGUCUGUCUGUAGAUGUCCCAGACUGGAGGGAGCCUGCACAGCCAACCCCUGCAGACAUGGGGGCACCUGUAUUGACUACUGGUCCUGGCAGCAGUGCAAAUGCAUGGAGGGCUUCACCGGCAAAUACUGCGAGAAAUGUAAGAAUCCCUUUGGAGGGGAAUUUUGGCUGACUGUGCUUGCAGUCUGAGUCAUACACUUCUUGUGAAUUUGACCAUCAAUCAGAUAAAUAUUGUAUCAUUUCCUUUGACUUACCCUGACUUGUGCUUUUCAUUCUUGCAUAGACAUCACGGCCGACACGGCUCUCUCGCUGGACGGGACUGGUCGGCUUGACUACGCCAUGCGCCAGAGCCCCAAACGGGACGUCCUGCUACGCCAGAGCCUCAUGGGCUUGACCUCUGACCUCUCUGGGCCCAGCAGCCUUGAGAUCAAGUUCCGCACCCGCAGCAAGAGUGGCACCCUACUCCAUGUCCAGGAGAGCAGCAACUACACCACCAUCAAGGUAAAGGGAGGCUCCAUGGAGCGAAGCCAGAGACAUGCUAGAAUGUGUCUGCUGUUCCCAAAGCAUCCAGAGGCACAAAUGAGCGUACACACAGGCAUGUUAGUAUAUUUGUCUGUUUCUCCAUCUGCUACUUGGUCGUCAUCUUGAGAUCCACAUGUAAACAUGUCACACAUACACCUAGUCCUCCCUUAACCCCCCACCCCUGAGUCAAAGCUAUAAGGGGACCUGUCUUCAUCACCUCCUCCCAUUACCCUUAUAUAUACGUUCCAUACGUUACUUCAAUCUGCUGCUAUACACUUCAAGGCUCUGAGUGAUCCGGGGCAGCUGCCCAAGGGCCUCGCAUUCAUCCACUUCCAUUUUCCCCCAGUCCGCUUCCUUUCCUCCAGGACACACCGAGUCUCUCUGGUUAUGUUUUCCGGUGCAGAGCAGGCCCCCAGAAUCCCUCCUACCACUACUACUAUACAGCCCAAAGAGCAAUAUUGAAUGUACUGUGUGACCCUAGAAAAGAAUAUGUACAGGAGUAUAAAUAAUGUAAAAGAGAUAAGUUAAAUUGGUUCUACAAAUCUCUUUUCCUGUGUUUUUGGCUUUCCAGAUUUUGUCGUGGACCUUUAAAAUCAAUUCCUCCUGAAGCUACUUAUCAUUGCUGAAGUUUUGUUUCUUUGAAGGGGAAGCAAAGAGAUUGCAUUUCCACUUUAGGCUGAAAUGUAUGAGAUUACCAUACACAAUGCCUGGCACACAUUCAUUUUCUAAGACAAAGUUAUAUUGGUUCAUUACUUUUAUACGAUUAGCUCUAUUGCGUAUGGAUAUAGUUUAUGCAUAUUGAAAGUAAUACUAUUAAAUGGUCCUGUAUACAUAACAUGAUCAUAAUAAUAAUAUCAGUCUGGUUCACUGGUAUUUGGCACAUGCAACCUUUUCCACUGCACUGCAACUAGGGUUGCAACCAGAGGAAAAAAAACUCUAGACCACCUUUACUUCACACACAGAGACGCAUACAAAGCUCUCCCUCGCCCUCCAUUUGGCAAAUCUGACCAUAACUCUAUCCUCCUUAUUCCUGCUUAUAAGCAAAAACUAAAGCAGGAAGCACCAGUGACUCGGUUAAUAAAAAAGUGGUCAGAUGACGCAGAUGCUAAGCUUCAGGACUGUUUUGCUAGCACAGACUGGAACAUGUUCCGGGAUUCUUCAGACAGCAUUGAGGAGUACACCACAUCAGUCACUGGCUUCAUCAAUAAGUGCAUCGAUGAUGUCGUCCCCACAGUGACCGUACGUACAUACCCCAACCAGAAGCCAUGGAUUACAGGAAACAUCCGCACUGAGCUAAAGGGUAGAGCUGCCGCUUUCAAGGAACGGGACUCUAACCCGGACGCUUAUAAGAAAUCCCGCUAUGACCUCCGACGAACCAUCAAACAGGCAAAGAGUCAAUACUGGACUAAGAUUGAAUCGUACUACACUGGCUCUCACAUUUUCAACAUGUCCCUGACUGAGUCUGUAAUACCAACAUGUUUCAAGCAGACCACUAUAGUCCCUGUGCCCAAGGACUCUAAGAUAACCUGCCUAAAUGACUACCGACCCGUAGCACUGACGUCUGUAGCCAUGAAGUGCUUUGAAAGGCUGGUCAUGGCUCACAUCAACAGCAUUAUCCCAAAAACCCUAGACCCACUCCAAUUUGCAUACCGCCCCAACAGAUCCACAGAUGAUGCAAUCUCUAUUGCACUCCACACUGCCCUUUCCCACCUGGACAAGAGGAACACCUACGUGAGAAUGCUAUUCAUUGACUACAGCUCAGCAUUCAACACCAUAGUGCCCUCUAAGCUCAUCACUAAGCUAAGGAUCCUGGGACUAAACACCUCCCUCUGCAACUGGAUCCUGGACUUCCUGACGGGCCGCCCCCAGGUGGUAAGGGUAGGUAACAACACAUCUGCCACACUGAUCCUCAACACGGGGGCCCCUCAGGGGUGCGUGCUCAGUCCCCUCCUGUACUCUCUGUUCACCCAUGACUGCAUGGCCAGGCACGACUCCAACACCAUCAUUAAGUUUGCCGACGACACAACAGUGGUAGGCCUGAUCACCGACAACGAUGAGACAGCCUAUAGGGAGGAGGUCAGAGACCUGGCCGUGUGGUGCCAGGACAACAACCUCUCCCUCAACGUGACCAAGACAAAGGAGAUGAUUGUGGACUACAGGAAAAAAAAGAGGACUGAGCACGCCCCCAUUCUCAUCGACGGGGCUGUAGUGGAACAGGUUGAGAGCUUCAAGUUCCUUGGUGUCCACAUCACCAACGAACUAUCAUGGUCCAAACACACCAAGACAGUCGUGAAGAGGGCACGACAAAGCCUAUUCCCCCUCAGGAGACUGAAAAGAUUUGGCAUGGGUCCUCAGAUCCUCAAAAAAUUCUACAGCUGCACCAUCGAGAGCAUCCUGACUGGUUGCAUCACCGCCUGGUAUGGCAACUGCUUGGCCUCCGACCGCAAGGCACUACAGAGGGUAGUGCGUACGGCCCAGUACAUCACUGGGGCCAAGCUUCCUGCCAUCCAGGACCUCUAUACCAGGCGGUGUCAGAGGAAGGCCCUCAAAAUUGUCAAAGACUCCAGCCACCCUAGUCAUAGACUGUUCUCUCUGCUACCGCACGGCAAGCGGUACCGGAGUGCCAAGUCUAGGUCCAAAAGACUUCUCAACAGCUUCUACCCCCAAGCCAUAAGACUCCUGAACAGCUAAUCAUGGCUACCCGGACUAUUUGCACUGCCCCCCCACCCCAUCCUUUUUACGCUGCUGCUACUCUGUUAAUUAUUUAUGCAUAGUCACUUUAACUCUACCCACAUGUACAUAUUACCUCAACUACCUCAACUAGCCGGUGCCCCCGCACAUUGACUCUGCAACGGUACCCUGUAUAUAUAGCCUCCCUACUGUCACUUUAUUUUACUUCUGCUCUUUUUUCUCUCAACACUUUUUUUGUUGUUUUAUUUUUACUUUUUUUGUUUAAAAUAAAUGCACUGUUGGUUAAGGGCUGUAAGUAAGCAUUUCACUGUAAUGUCUGCACCUGUUGUAUUCGGCGCAUGUGACCAAUAAAAUUUGAUUUGAUUUGAUUUGAUUUGAUUUGCAAAGCUACUGGUAAUUUACCAAAGUUACUGGAAUCUUCAGUAAUUUUGGUAAUUAACAGCAAAUCAAUGGCAAUCUAUCGUAAUUUUGAAUAACUAAAAAAAUAUAUGUAUAUAUAUAUAGUGUUCAUUUAUUAUAUCUGUGUCCAUAUUGUCCUUGAUUUUCUAGUAGGUAGACCAUAUGGUUCAAGAGACAAUAGCCUAUUUAAUGAAAAAGCAUCUAAUGAACAAUGGCAUCCAUUUCUGCAAACUCUUCCAACUGUUUUUUUUUGACAUAGUAAAAUAAAUAAAAGUUUGUAAAACUAUUUUUAUAACGGACGUUUCAUGCUAAAACCCUCAUAUACUGGUCCCGUGUAGCUCAGUUGGUAGAGCAUGGCGUUUACAACGCCAGGGUUGUGGGUUCAUUUCCCACGGGGGGCCAGUAUGAAAAAACAAACAAAAAAAACUCACUAACUGUAAGUCGCUCUGGAUAAGAGCGUCUGCUAAAUGACAAAAAUUUUAAACAAAAUAAACAAAAUAAUUUAAAUGUAUAUACCAAUGGUAUUCACUAAAUUGAUGGUUUAUAUUUAGGAUAAUGUUUUACAGCUUUGUCAUUCUAUUUUGUAUUAUUUAAUUAUUGAAUAUAUUUUACGUGAUAAAGCCACACAGAGGGCCAGAGAUUAUUACGGACACCUGUCAUAAUCUGAAGUACCCAAAAGGGCCACUAGAUGUCUAAUGAUAGAUUACAUAACAUUCUUUAAAAAUACAAGAAUUCUGGUAGUUUACUGGUAACCUUCUAAAGUUUCCAGUAUUACACCCUCCCUUUGCACACCUAACUGCAACAGUUGUUGUUGUAAAGGAAAAUGUGUUUUCAAUCAACUGUCCUACCUGGUACAUUAACAAUACUGUACAUAAAUAGAUUAUUAGUAUUCCAAAACAAGAACUCCAACUGAAAUGAAACAUCAACAACAUCCUUGAGUUGAGAAUUAUCAGAGCCUGAGCAUAUACAGUAAUCAUAUCGUCAUGCUGAUCCAUUUCUCCAAGCUCUCCUUCUCAACAAACAUGUACAAUACAGUAUCUGUCUGUCUGUCUGCCUGUCUGUGUCCUUCUGUCUGUGCCCGUCUGUCUGUGUCCGUCUGUCUGUGUCAGUCUGUGUCCGUCCGUCUGUGUCCAUCCGUCUGUCUGUCCACGUCUAUCUAUCCAUCCAUCUAACUUAGUCUCUGUCUCUUCCCCCAGCUGAAAAACGGCAAUGUCCAAUACAUCUCUGAUGCGGGCGUGGGGGGCAAGGUGGAGAGGACCCUGGGGGAGAUGGUCCUAUCAGACGGCCAGUGGCACGUCCUGCAGAUCUUCAAAAAUGGCUCAGCCACCUCCCUUCACGUGGACGGAGCCCUCCUCAAAUUCAUCCAGCACCCCACCCAGGACUUUGGGGGUCUUAACGUCCUGACCAUGUCCCUCGGUGGUGUUCCCUCUGGGCCCACCCAGCAGAAAAUUGCAUUAGGUGAGUUGGUGAUGUGUGAAGUUGCUGUUAUUCUCAUAUACACUGAGUGUACAAAACAUUAGGAACACCUUCCUAACAUUGAAUUGCACCCCCGCUUUUGCCCUCAGAACAGUCUCAAUUCAUCGGGGCAUGGACUGUACAAGGUGUCAAAAAGUGUUCCACAGGGAUGCUGGCCCAUGUUGACUCCAAUGCUUCCCACAGUUAUGUCAAGUUGGCUGGAUGUCUUGGGUGGUGGACCAUUCUUGAUACACAGGGGAAACUGUUGAGUGUGAAAAACCCAGCAGCGUUGCAGUUCUUGUCACACUCAAACUGGUGCGCCUGGCACCUACUACCAUACCCUGUUCAAAGGCACUUCAAUCUUUUGUCUUGCUCAUUCACCUUCUGAAUGGCACACAUACACAAUCCAUGUCUCAAUUGUCUCACGGCUUAAAAAUCCUUCUUUAACCUGUCUCAUCCCCUUCAUCUACACUGAUUGAAGUGGAUUUAACAAGUGACAUCAAUAAGGGAUCAUAGCUUUCACCUGGUUUCACCUGGUCAGUCUGUCAUGGAAAGAGCAGGUGUUCCUAAUGUUUUGUACACUCAGUGUAGUAUGUGAAUGGUAGAGACCUUUUUCACUGAAUAAAAGGUAUUCUGUUGGCCAUAUUAGGUGGUGUUCCAGUCCUGAUGUCUGCUGUAAAUUGGGUUUUUGACAUUGGACACCUAUUUGCCUGUGAGAUAUUUACAGUAGAAGAGAGUUAAUGUUGCUCUCUUUUACGGAUCAUUUCUAGACAAUAACUAAUGUGAAAGUAGUUUGAUUAGGUGGGAGAGCCCCACCUUUAAUGCUUUAAUGUUUUCAUCUUAUUGCCCUGGAAUCUCGGCUUUGGUUAGACCUAAAUCACGUAUCAAAUGUCCUCAACUUUGACUUGAAAAUAGUUUGGAUAGGGUGAACGAGAGGGCUUCCAGAGGGAGGGAUACACCACUGUAAAUUUCUGACUUUUAGGGGCAAGAAAAUGACUUAAUACUAUGGACUGGACUAAUAUGGUAAGAAAUUAGCAAUUUGAAUGAUUUGUUGGCGUCUUUCACACAGCAAGGUCCAGGAUAUAUUUCAAAAUAAACACUCUCUGAACACGCAGCUCUAUGGCAGGCUGCCUUGCCUAGCACAAUGAUAAUCUGGUCCCGGUUUCUUGGGGCCACGCCUGCACCAAAUAGGACCUGACCCUCGCUCAAUAUGCGUAUCGAAGCAGUUGUGUUCUGGUGUGCAUUCAACUAGUAAGGAUAUAAUGAAUAGGACAAAAUUGUUUUCAUUUAUAUUGGGAUAAAUUCAAUAUGUUUACAUCUGUGAGGGAACAUUGUGAGGCAAUAUGAAAGCGAAGGUUUGAAUUAGUCACCAAAACAUUUCUUCCACAUGGAUGUCUUGAAGUGAUAUGAGGUCUGAAGAUAGAUUGUCUGGAAUCGACUUCCCACGUUUUAGUCAAUAAUCAUAUUGGCUUCUCUCAGAAUUUCCAACAAUUGAUUUACCCAUUUGAGAAUGUGAUUUGUCAAGGUUUUUUCCAUGAGGAAAUUUCAUUGAGAUUUUGGCUGAUGCUGAACAAAUUGCCUACAAAAUUCAACAGCUCUGAUUAUAGCUUUCAGUUCCUGUUAUUUACAAGGAGGCGAUCCCCGAUCCCAGCCUUAUAGCACGUUCUGAAAAGCGAUCAAACUUGUGUCAUUCGGAAUCUAUGAUCUUCCAGGCCACUGUGUUGUCUUAAUAACCGUCCCGGACUACUUCCUGUUAUCUGAACACCUCUUCCUCUUCCUAUUCUUCCUGCAGGCUUCGACGGCUGCCUGGCCUAUGUGAAGUACAAUGGGGAGAAUCUACCAUUCAGCGGAGAUCACAGCGCCGUCACCAUCUCCAAGACCAGCUCAGCCGUUAAGAUCGGCUGCAGAGGGCCCAACCUGUGUGAGAGCAGCCCUUGCAGGGACGGCCUGAUGUGUGUCAACCAGUGGUACACCUACCAGUGCCUCCCACCCGGUGAAUGUGCCUCCAGCCCCUGCCAGAACCGAGGGAACUGCGUCCCUGGCCCCCGCUCUAGUUACACCUGCGUCUGCUCUGAGUUCUACACUGGCCAGACCUGUGAGACCCUGGUGGCGUGCCUGGGGGUUCAAUGCCCUCAGGGCACCCUCUGCAAGAUGGCCAACAACGGUGGCUUCAUCUGCAGCCCGAGCCCCACGGCCAAGGAGCUGACCUUGCCCAUCUGGGCGGUACCGGCCAUUGUGGGCAGCUGUGCCACAGCCCUGGCCCUGGUGGUGCUCAGUCUGAUCCUCUGCAACCACUGCAAGAGCCGCAACAAGACCAAAGUGCCAAAGGAGGAGAAGCAGCCCAAGGAGAAGAAGAAGAAGAAGAAGAAAGGGAGUGAGAACGUGGCGUUUGACGACCCAGAUAACAUCCCGCCGUACGGUGAUGACAUGACGGUGAGGAAGCAGCCUGAGGGGAACCCCAAGCCUGACAUCAUCGAGAGGGAAAACCCCUACCUGAUAUAUGACGAGACGGACAUCCCUCACAACAAUGAGACCAUCCCCAGCGCCCCCUGUGCCCCCUGCCAGAUGCCUGAGGCAGACAUGGAGCACUAUGACAUAGACAACGCCAGCAGCAUCGCCCCGUCCGAUGCCGACAUCAUCCAGCAUUACAAGCAGUUCCGCAGCCACACGCCCAAGUUCUCCAUCCAGAGACACAGCCCUCUGGGCUUCGCCAGACAGUCUCCCCUGCCCUUGGGGGCCACCAGCUACACCUACCAGCCCCAGUACAGCCAGGCCCUGAGGUCCACCCCUCUCAGCCACUCAGCAUGCCCCACGCCCAACCCCCUCUCCAGGCACAGCCCAGCCCCCUUCACCAAGCCCUCGUCCUUCUACCGCAACACCCCCACCAGAGACCUUAACCUGGCCCGCAGGGAUGGCAGCCCCCUGGACCUGCACCACAACGAGAUGGGCCAGCCGGGAGCCAUGUUCAACUACGCCACCCGGCUGGGCCGACGCAGCAAGAGCCCCCAGACUAUGGCGGGCCACGGCUCCAGGCCCGGCAGCCGGCUCAAGCAGCCCAUCGAGCAGAUCCCCCUGGAGACGGGGCCCCCCGUGGGGCUGUCCAUCGAGGAGGUGGAGCGGCUCAACACGCCGCGGCCCCGCAACCCCAGCAUCUGCAGCGCCGACCACGGCCGCUCCUCGUCUGAAGAGGACUGCCGGAGGCCCCUGUCACGGAUGCGCAACCCAGCCGAUGGCAUCCCUGCCCCGGAGUCAUCGUCUGAGAGCGACUCACACGACUCCUUCACCUGCUCAGAGAUGGAGUACGACCGGGAGAAGCCUGUGGCCUACAGCUCCAGGGUGCCCAAGCUGUCGCAGGUCAACGAGUCCGACGCAGACGAUGAGGACUACGGUGGGCGGCUCAAGCAGAGGCGCUACUCCAGCCGGCGGACCGAGGGCGGGCCCGCUGCACAGGCGCCAAUGACAGACCACUACACUUUGCCCCAAAAACUGGGUCAGCAAGCCGGGGGCUUCAACUGGGACAACCUGUUAAACUGGGGCCCAGGCUUCGGCCAUUACGUGGAUGUGUUCAAGGACCUGGCCCUGCUGCCGGAGAACGCAGCCACAAAAGAGAUGAACAUUGAAAUGAACAUUGAGAUGAACAGUGGGAACGGGUCAGUGACCAUUCUGAACGAAGGGGAGGCUGAGCAAUAUGUAUGA